GGCAAGCCUAGAUCUUUUUGGCCGGUGGCCCGGUGCUCUUUUUCGUUCGCUUGGUUUGCGGGUUACGGCGUUGUGGUGCGCCUUAAACCCUCGGCCCUCACGGGACGAAGCGACGAUCGUUCUUGCCCUCUUCGAUCUUCUAUUCGCCCGUGCUUUUCUCUAGGGUUUAUUCGGAGUAGAAGCGGCCGUUCUCCAUCGAAGAGAGGACAUGGCUUUUCAAUUUACACCAUCAAAGCGACCUUAUGAACGUAGCCUUGUAGAACCGAAUGGGAGGGGCAAGUUGCAAAAGACCUCAUCUUCCAUCUCACAGCAGAAUCGGUUGAAAGUAGUAUCUGGGGCCAUUAUAUUCCGUGUGCUUUGCCCUGCUUCUAAGUCGGGAAGUGUGAUUGGUAAAGGUGGCAGCAUUGUUGCAAGGAUACGCCAGGAGACUGGUGCAAAGAUUAGACUUGAAGAAAUUGUCCCUGGUUGUGAUGAGAGAGUAGUUGUUAUAACUGGUUCAGAAAAAGAUGUAGAAGUUGGUAACGAACCGGGUAAGGAAGGUGAUGAAGAUGUGGGAACUGCUGAUGUUGGUGAUGAUACCAAGGAAGUUGCAGAUGAUGAUGAAAGGAAAGAGGAAAUUGAUGCUAUAGAAGAUGUGAAAUUAGAGAAGACGACAUCUUCGGCGCUUAAGGCUCUUUUGCUUGUUUUUGAGAGGAUAAUUGAAGGUGAAGUAGAGAGUGAUGGUGGAUAUGAAUCGAGCAACAAGAAUUUUUCAGUUACUAUGAGACUACUUGUUCUUUCUAGCCAAGUUGGUUGUCUUCUUGGGAAGGGUGGAAGUGUGAUCAAGCAAAUGUCAGCUGAGAGUGGGGCCCAGAUCCGAAUACUUCCUAGAGACAAACUUCCUCUGUGUGCUUUGCCAAAUGAUGAAAUCGUCCAGAUCACAGGAGCAGUUGAUUCAGUGAGGAAAGCGCUCCAAUCUGUUUCUCAGCAGCUGCUAGAGAAUCCACCUCGUGAUCGUGAUUGCUUUCCUGCAAAUGUUCCUUCUGGGCCAUCAUCCCAUCCAUUUGUUUCUAUUCCUCGGCCAGAAGGUCUCCCACCAGCAAGCUUUCAUCGUCCGAUUCAGGGAACACCUUUUUCCAGUCGACCAUAUGAUAUUGCUGAUUAUCAUUCAAGCAUUGCUCCACCUUUUUCUAAAUUCCAUGGAGGUGCUGCAGUGGCGGGCCAGCCUCCAAUUUCUCCUGAGCUACUAACUUAUCAGUUGAUGUGUUCCAAUGACAAAGUUGGAAGUGUGAUUGGAAAAGGAGGGAGCAUUAUCAAGACUCUUCAACAUGAAACAGGUUGUGAAAUCAAAAUUCUCGAGACUGAACCUGAGUCGGAUGAUCGCAUCAUAGUCAUAUCAGGUCCUGCGCUCCCAAAUGAUAGAAUUUCGCCAGUGCAAGAUGCCGUCCUACGUGUGCAGCACAGGAUUGUCAUGGCUGUGCCUGAUAAUAAAGAGAAUGUUUUUUUAUCUAGGCUUCUUGUUGCUUCGAACCAGACUGGCUGCCUUCUUGGCAAAGGUGGUGCCAUAAUAGCCGAAAUGAGGAAGCUCUCUGGAGCUCACAUUCGUAUAUUGGGUAAAGAUCAGAUUCCGAAGGGUGUGCCCGAAAAUGAUGAAGUCGUGCAGAUAACUGGUGAAUUUGGAGCAGUUCAGGAAGCUCUGCUGCAGGUUACUGCUAGACUGAAGCAUCAUAUUUUCCGCGAUAAAUUACCUCCUGGUGGUCAUCCUGCUUUUGUUGAGCAAAUACAUCCAUUUGGUCCAUACAUGGGAAGGAGGGAAUCUUCACCCCCCAGGUUGUAUUCCAAUUUGCCUUCAUUUCAGAAAGAUUCUGUUGGUCGACCCUAUGAGGAAAGAUCUGCAUUUCCUCAUGCAUUUCAUGGUUCGGCCUUUCCUCCUAUUCUUGAAAGAGGUGCACCAUGGGCACCACAGGGUAUGAGGGAAAGUGGUGGUCCCAUUCCUAUGCCCGAGUACCCAGGAGGAGCCCCACAAAGAAGAAUUGGAGGAUUUGCUGGUGGAAGUCAGCCUGCUGUCAUUACAAACACAACUGUAGAUGUUGUUGUUCCUCGAUCUCUUGUACCUUCCAUAUAUGGGGAUGAUGGUGGCUGUCUAAGACGAAUUCGUGAGAUCUCGGAGGCAAAAAUUACCAUUACUGAACCUAGACCUGAAGCAAAAGAGGCUGUGAUUAUAAUAUCUGGAACGCCUGAGCAGACUCAUGCUGCCCAGAGUCUUCUCCAGGCCUUUGUACUCAGUGAAUCAGGUGGACCUUGAUUUACCAACUGCAGAAGUUCUUGUACUUUCCAAGCUUCACAUAGGGACUAGGAAGCUCACCAAGUUGCAGACUGAAUGUUUUCUAUGUGUCCUCCAUGUGAGUGGAGCUCUUCUGCCCCAUUAAUUUUUGGUUGAUCAUAUUCACAAGCGUUUUCUACUAUACCAGAAACUGAUAUCAACUUAGAUGCUUUGUCUCUUGCCUCAAUUAUAUGAUCGACUUGCUAAAUUAGGUGAUUGACAAGUGAGGAACUUGAUCGAUUGUGUAAAUGAAAAGCUUUGGUUCACUAUGGGUCUUAUGUGAUAGUGUUUUUAUCUACUUGUAGUGACAAGCUUUAGUGCCUCUUGAGGUUCUUCAGUUUUAUAAUGUUCCAUUUUUAUGGAGGAAAAAAAAGAACUCUGGUGAUCUUACUGAUUCUUAGAAAAAUCUGAACAUCUUUGACUAACUAGCUUGAGUUGGCUCUGCAAACUUAUGGGAGUUUCUUGACUGGAUAACCUUCGGCAAUUUCAGGCUAGGACGCAUAUUGUUGUCUUGAUGAUUUUAGGAUAUCAAGGGUAAACAGGAGAACUAAGUCGCACAAAAUUAUGCAGGAUAUAUGUUACCUAGGUAAAUUGCAGAGUUCUACUGAUUUUACACAUACACAUAUCAACACCAUCAUGUCUCUUAUGCUCAUUUUGUAGUGUCUUGACAAUCAUUUAACAUUUCAAACUGGCUUUGCUAUAUCUUAGGCACUGAGCCAUUCUAUAUCAGACUCCAAUGUUCUCCAAGGUUACUGGAGUAAUAUUAGCUUUUGGAAAUGUGCAGCUUCAUUAUUCAUUUAUCAUAGCAAAUCCAGUACAUUCUAGUUGGUCUAUACCAUUAUACAAUAAGUGGAACCACCUUGAUUUGGUUCAGCUUUAAGUUUUAGUUACUAGGGAAUUUCACUGAAGUUUAAUAACUUGAACUUAGUUGUGAUUGUAGUAUAACAGUUCAUAUCCCUAUGUAAGUAAGGCUUCAUCACAUGCUUUGGCUUGUUUUCCUGCUAAAUGUAAAUCUGUGAUGAGCGCUCAUUUUACUGAGAACCCAAGGUACGAACGUUACAUAGGUGACAUAACCUUCAUCUCAUAGAUGUUUUUCACAGAAUGUUACAAAUAUUCAGCAUUUGGACAAUCAAUACAGUCCCAUGAAGUAAGCCUAUAGAUUAACUUUGCUUUGGGAUCUUUUGAUCAUUACUUCUGUUAUACUUUGAAGGGCUUUUCUAUCCAGGAUCUUUUUCUGUAGUGAAAGCAAUUUUCCAUGUUGCUGUUGUGUCCUUAUCAGUGCUGCUGUGUCGUUAUCCAGGAGUCCUUGUUCUUUUAUGCUUGUCGACUUUCCUUAUGUGGCAGAUAGUAGCUUUGGUAUUCUGGGAUAGCAUUGAAGGUGUAUUCCCCAGGUUCGUUCUGCAUGAAAUUUGCUCUAGCGUACUGAUGAGUGGUCAAUUUUCUUAAUUUGGAGUAACUUGAGACAUGAUUCCUAUUCACAAUGCUGCAAAUUGCAUAACAAUCUUUAGGUUCAUUAUCAUUGCAUUGUUAGAUUAUUGCAUUGCUCUUUGUUAAUCUACUCUCAGAAAAUAAUCGAGCACCAACAUCAACAAGGACUUGUCAUUAAGGGUGGUAGGUGUAACUUCAAGUUCACGUCACAUUCAUUUAAACUUCAAUUUUAACCUUUUUACUUCCAUUAGAACUAUGACCAUGUGUUAACUGGAGGACAAGCUUGGUGUUUACAUGUGACAUUUGAACUCAACAUGUCUCCUUGAGUUUGCUUCUUCGCUUCUCCUCCUCCUCCUCCUCUCUCUCUCUCUCGCGCGUGCGGGGUCCACGUCUUAUGCAUACAUAAGUUGUUCCAGUUCCAUUGAUGGUCUUAUAUACUGCCCAGCAAUAAUUUGUUGGCUCCAGCUAGAAGUGCUUUUAUGGGUGUGUUUGGCAUUGCCUUAAAAGAAGUGCUUUUAUGGCUUUUAAAGCGAAAAGGCACUAUGUGAAGAAUUAGAAAAAGGCGCUUUUAGGAGAAGCUGGAGCAUGUAUCUUCUGGCUUCUCCUAAUCUUUUUACAAAGAAGAAGCAACACCAAGCACUUUCUACAUUGUUCGCUUUGGAAAGCUUAACCUAUCCUAUUCUCCGUACAAGGAGUUUAAAACCAUUCAACAUUCAUUGCCAAGUUAUUAAGUACAAUAUAGGGUGUAUAGAUGAAUGGUGUUACCUUGUUGUUAUUAAUAUUUAAGUUAUAUUGUUCGUUUUCUCCCAAAGGUUUGAAAAUACAGGGUGUGUGUAUGGGUCAUGAUGCUUGCAAAUUGCAAUAUAGGGCAUAAUUAUGACUCAUGAUACUUGCAAAACCUUUUGUGGAUGUACAUGUACAUUUAGCUUUCUAGCACUUGCAUGUGCUGUAUAAAACAUACAAGUCCUCUUGCUAUCAGUCCCAGCAGGAAGGACUGAUUGUACAAUCUAGGAAGAUGCAUGAUAGUAAGAAUUUUUUUUUCAUUAUUUCUCUAAAUGGAAAUAUAUCCUUUAUUAUUGUUUCAAUUGUGUAUCUUAAACCUGCCGUCAUUUGCAUUCAAUUUUUGAGACAGAUAGGACCAUUGUACAAUCUAGGAAGAUGCAUGAUAGGUAGCAUGAUAGGCAGAAAUUUUUCAUUGUUUCUAAAUGGAAAUAUAUUCUUGAUUAUUGUUUUACUUGUGUAUCUUAAACCUGCCAUUAUUUUUAUUCAUUUUUCAGUGAUUUUAUAAUGAUUAAAUCAUGUUUUAUAUUCACCUCAUGUUUUAUAUUCACCUCUUGUAUAAAUGAAGGAUGGAACUAUCAAGUUAGGUAGAAAUCUAAGGUUAUGGGUUUCCUCUUCAUCCUAAUGAUAUUAGGAUAUGUCGUUUGGUCAUUAUUUCCUUCUCUUUUGGUUCUUAAGCUUAGCAGAAUCUUGGUAUUUGGAAAUGCCAGGCAUUGUGUAAUUUUAUACCUGCACUAAAAAUUGAAUAUUUCAUUCCAUAUUUCAGUUGAUGACUGACAUAGAACAUUAAUAUUCUUUUGCUUUGAUUGAAAUUGAACCAUGCAUCUGAAGAUGAAUUUCAGAUGUACUACCUCUUCUUCUUCUUCUUCUUCUUCUUCUUCUUUCCUUUUUUUUUUUUGAGAGAGAGAGAGAGAUCCAUCCUCAUUGAUUACCCAGGUACAGACUUUUGAGGAUGCACCACCAUCCAAGAAAACACUGAAUCUCUGGUUAUAAAGCAGAGGGGUGUGACUGCUGGUAUAAGACCCAGUCAACAAAGAUGAACAACCUUAUUGCUCAAAGGUUUGUCAAGGUCGUGUGAAGUGAAUCAUUACCUACAUGGUGCAAGUAAUAUUCAGAUCCUUCCACCUUGGACCAAUCCAAACUACGAUCAAUGUUCACCAUGUUAUUCAUAGUUCCGUAUAUGCUGCAAAUAUGGAUAGUUCAUCACAUGGUAUGCCUUGAUUCCUAGUAUUUUGAUUUGAUACUUCGAAAAAUCUUGGUUGGUCUUGAUUUAAUGUAUCAUUACUGUUAAGAUCCCAUCUUAAUUUUCAUGGAUGUUUAUGUCUUCCAUUGGUUUUUUAGCUUGACCUUUCUUGCAUUUUAGUGUGGUAAAUAAUGUUUAUUAUUUUUGAUAAAUCCUUCUAUCUUUGGAUUGGGAAGUAGUAAUUAGAUGACCAAGAACUUUGAUGAGCAACAAUGAUGAUGGUAGAAUCUCAUCAUGUAAAGGGAGAACACAAUGAGUACAUAAAAGGAAGGGACGUGAUGCUGAAGGGAGGGAACGAAAGGGAGUAAAGUAGAGGGAACGAAAGGGAGUAAAGUAGAGAUGUGUAGAGAAGGGGAGAUGAUGGGAGAAAAUAACCAGUAAAAGGAAGUGAGAGUAGGAAAAUGGUAGAUGGAGCGUUGAUUCUGAAAUAGUUGAUUCUGAAAUAGUAGAACCAUUUUUCCUUUGAAAAAUACAACUAAAAUUAGUAUGUGCUUCCAUUAACUCUUACGUUGGACAAUCUCUGGUGAAAUACCCAAAACAACUCUCACAUAGGACCAUGACAUUUAUUGACCGGUCAGCAGUGAUGCUUAAUAAAACCCUUUGCAUCUUCUACCAUCUCAUAGAAGUUCUAGCCUAGAAAUAUAGGAGAGUUCUGUAGAACGAUAACCAUGCUCCCAAAUCUUUAUUGUGCCAUGGUGGAGAUCAGAGCUCCUAUUAGUAUACUUGAGUAUGGCAUUGAUGUAUAUAUAUAUUUUUGGUAUACUUUAGAACACUUGUUGUUUCUUCACAACAUAAACUCUAUUUCCUUUUUAUUCUCUCUUCCCCCUUUCUUAUGAGCACUUCAACUUUGUUAUAUCGUUUUUGGUUGAAUGUGGAGGGUUGAAUAUGGAGGAACACAACCCUAUGCCCCUCUUCAAAUUAUAGUUUGUGUGUGUAAAAUCUAUGAUAUUUUAUGAUGCAAAGUUGCAAACAAUUGAGUGGUGUUAGGUGAUUUGUUGAGCAGUUGAAGAGGAAGAUCAUGAAGGGGAUAAAAAAGAGUAUUAGAGGAGAAUUUUAUGAAAUCCAUCGCAGAAGAAUUGAGAUCAUUAGCAUUACUCAAGGUUUGUUAAUUCAGUUGGACCCCUAUAUAAAGAUACGUUGCCCAGUGACAGUUUAAGAGUUAUGUUUGCUAGUCUGAAAGGACUUUCAACUUGGAGGUAAUGACACUGAGACUUUUCAACACUAUUGGACUCAAACAAUUCCGGGACGAACAUUAACACCAUAACAAGAUAAAUUAUAUAUUUUCUUAAUAUCUGGACUUCCUUCUUGGAUUGUACAAACAAUUCGAAGACCUGUCUUAUUCUCAGAAAAAAUUCAUUUUUAAUCAAUAUAUGCUCAACAAAAACUCAAAACUGUUCUUCCACUAUACUGGACCUUGAGCUUAAAUUUGAUGCAAGAAAACUAUAGGAAAAAUGAAAUUACAUGACUGAGUUAUAUGCUGUGUGCUUGUGGCUUUUAGUUACUGGCGUUAAAAAAAAAAGGAUAAAGCUUUCUCCACAUUUGAAUGAAAAUAGCAAUCACUGUUUCAUGGAUAUAUUGAGCUGCUUUUGAUGAUAAUGCCCGUGAAUCUAUGUAGUUUUGUUUGUACUGUUCUGAUAGACUGCAUCAGCAUGCUACAAACCUUGGAAAACCAUGAGUAUUAAUGGUUGUGAUAGUUUUGUGCUCCGAUGAUCCAUGUUUACCUUUGGAAGAACGCUUCUACCCUUAGGGCCCGUUUGGUUGGAGGUAAUCUGGCAUGGGAAAAUGAAUCCCAUGUCAGAUUACUAUGUUUAUUAUGAAAAAGGGAAGAGAGAGAUGGUAAAAAAAAUGGUGGGCUCUAUGCUUAUUUUUCGGAUAGAGAAGGUCAAGCAAAUAUCAUGGGGAGGUUGAUAUUUGGUAAAUUCUUAGGUGGUGGUAAUCUAUACGUGACAAAAAUUUGAUCCCUUUUAUCAGGGAUAUUUAUUGAAAGGUGAGUGCACGUCUUUGAGAUCUAAUGAGAUUAUAUGGGAGCUUGAAGAUGGUAACUAGGGUUUUUCUAUAGGGGGAAAAAAAAGAUGUUGAUGAAUAAAGUUAGAGAAUGAGAUCAUGGUAUAAUUGGGUCUAUUAGUGAGAAAAAGGUUGAGAGAUCAAAAUAGAGAUAUCUCAACUCUUUCUUUCUAGAAAUCCUUUCCCACGGCCUUGGUAGAAGUAAAAAGAGAGGUAAAAAGAUAGCAAGAGGGAAUAGAGAAUUGUCAAUAACAUAACAAUAAAACCUCCUAUGUUACUAACCCAUUUUAUCAUCAAAUAAAAAAAAAGAAGGAAGUGGAUCGUGAGGAAGAUCCAUGCUCAAGAAGAAGAACCAUCACCUCCUAUUGGAUGACCGUCAAUAACAUGAUAAGAAAACCUUUUAUCUUACCCACUUUAUCAUCAAAUAAAAAAAAUUUAGUAUGAUAUAGAGAGGAAGAUCUAUACUCAAGAAGAAGAAAGGAAUUCUUGCCUCCUACAGAUAACUCUCAGCAAGCAAAAAGAAAGAGGAAUGGAAGGAGUCACAAGAUGGUCACGUGAUCUCAUUUUUCAGCAAACAAAUAACAAAGGGUAUUUAUGGAAUAUUAUGUUUAAGUUAUGUUACGUGACCAUCAUGUGCACACAAUUCCUAGUGGAGAUGGAUGUCGCAAUCAAAUCCUAAGUUUUUGGAUCUAAUUGAAAAAAAAAGGUUUUGGGGGUGUAAGUGUAAAUAGUGAAAAAUUGAAGGGAUUUGGAUCAUAUAUUAGGCUGAAACAUAUAUAAUUCAUAUUUGCACUGCUUGAAUUCUUCUGAUUGCUUAUAUGCUCUGUAACACUAAGUUGGUUUGAGUGUUUUUGAGAGCCUUUUGCUUCAAGAUUUUUGUUUCUGGAGAUAUUUGGUUUACUACUGAUUCCCUUUUACAUUCUUCAGAAAAUUGUCAUAAUUAUGCUAUCUAGGUCUUUAAUGCUGCUAAUGCCACCAUGAUGACUUUUUGCACCUCUAUUCCACAAUUGCCCCAAUUCUUCAAGCCCUGUUCUUGGAUGUUAGGUUAGUCGAGAACACCUAGAUUUACUUAACCAUGAGGAUGGGGCUUAGGACCCAUUUGAGGACAUUGAAGCCUUCUUAGACCAUGAGCUUGACCCUGAGCAGUAUUUUACAUUAUUGAUUUUAUGAAAUUUAUCUUCUAUAUAUCGCAAACCACGCUAUGGUAGAAGGGAGUAAAAUUACCUGUGUAUUUCCCCUCUGCUUUUGCAAAUGCAUAUUUCCUAGUUCUGGGUAUACGACCUAGGCGUAUUCAUGUAGAGUGAAUGGAAUAUGCAAGUUGGAGUCUUGUGAUUUAGAAUGGACAAUGAUGAUUCAGUAAACAGAGUUGCCAUUAAAAAACUCAAGCUCCUUUUUCUAACUAAGGGCAAUUUAUAAAUUUACCUGCCAACUUAUUCUUUAAAGGUAUAGUCCUUUAUUAUUGUUUAGACCAUGAAACGAUGGGUAAGAUGCUGCUGGGAAGACGCGGCAGGCUAAGUUCAUGUAUUUAAGUAAAUGUUUAAGUCAACUUUCAGGCUUUUGCUUGAAUCCAUUUCUACCUUAGGUAUAUUAAAAACAAAAUCAUCUAGAUGACCUGGAACUUUUAUUUAAAAUCCUUCAUUGAACGGAGGAGAGGUUCCCCUUUUUCUGUUUUUUCUAUUUUUUCGGUGCAUGGACGACAGCUAUAGGGUCCCGGUUAGGAUGAAGUGGAACCGGAAGGUAGUAUAUUGGAAGGCUCUGGAGGUUGGAUACAACCUGAAUAUCCAGGCAGCGUAGCGAUCGUGGAACAUUUUAAAGUAUAAAUGGCUGCCAAGUACCACUCUGAAGCAGCUGGUGGUUCAGAGAUAGGGUCGGAGUGGGAAAAUGCAUGAAAUAAUUUUGAAUCUGCUAGUAGGAGCGAACUCUAGUGAUUUCGGGCCGUGAUUCCAUCUCUAUCUUGGUCAUCACCAAGUGAACCAUCAAAAUUUACUUUCCCUGGCCAUGUGGAGGGGUGCUCGAUAUACCAAAGUUGAUGGGGAGGGAAGCGGGCUCAUGGAGCUGCAGCUAUCCUGGUGCCGAAGGCCGGUAGCUAAUGUAGAAGGUGACACCUUCCCAGAGCAUGAGGAAGUUGGGUGGCUAGGUCAGCAAUGUCAGAUGGUAUGGAAGCUUUAAUCUUGAAAAGGCUUUUCAUUCUUGGAAUGUAUGGAUGGCUACGAGACUUGUGCUGACGCACUUCUAUUUCAAUUCUACAAUAUCUGCCAACAUUUAUAUUUUGAAUGCGUUUCAAUCAAACUAAAUAUACAUAUAGGUGAUUGGUUCUUUUUAAUAAGCUCCAUCAUUCCUUUUUUUUUUUUAAUGUUGUGUUCCUUUCUCGUUGCAAUCCGCCAGAAGUUCAAGACUGGGGGUAGGUCAUUUCAAUUUUGGAAAUUUGUUGACUUUUGGCUGGUUGGUCUAUUUAAAUCAUGCACUAAAUUGAAUCUCAAAAUCCAUAUAUUAUGAUUUGAUUUGAGUUUGGAUUUUGUUCAUUUGAUGGAUCUGGAUCUGAUCUGAAUCCAAAGUUGUUUUUUUCCUUAUCAAGUUGUGGUGGGGUAUGACUUGGAUCCCGGCUUGAAUUCGACCUCUUUACGAUGAGUAUUGACUAUAUUUAUUUAGUUGUAAUGCCUUAAACAGUGAUGAGAGAGUAUCUAUCUAUUAUUGUUCUACCAAAAGCCAAGAGAGUAUGUACCACUGCUUAUGUUUACCAGAACACACAAAUACGAAAGUAAUUUUGUUUAG